GGUAUUUUAUGUUCCUAGAUCAAGUAGUCUUGACUUUUCUCAUGAUGAAGAUAACCUUCCCAUUAGCGCUGCUCCUUCAAAUUCUAUUCCUGUCUGCCGUAUUUCAACUCAUCAAUGGACAAGGGGGAUCCUGUGAACAGACGUCGAACACGACCCGAUCUCAAAUCUGCCUGACAGGAGUGUGUGAUCUUCAGUGCGGAAAUACUGCGGACUAUUCUCAAUGUGACCAGGUUUGCGUGGUGGAACCUUGCUCAAAUAUCAGCUGCAACUCUUCAAGUUGUUAUCAGCGAUGCCUGUCAGGAAAGUGUAAUUCAGUUGAAUGUUCCGGCGACGAUUGCACCCAGACUUGCCUCAGAAACUGCUCCCUGGUGAACUGCACUGCAACAUCGAAGUGUACUCAACACUGCGAGAAGGGAAACUGUGGCUUACUCGCCAGCGGUGCAGACGUAGUUCAAAAUUGCGCCGAGAAUUGCUCACAUGUGGAAUGUAAGGCUGACAACUGCAAGCAAGGCUGCGAGGGGGAGGGGUGUGGACUCGAGUGCUCCAAAGGUACCAAGGACUGUACACAGAGUUGCAAAGGGCCUUGCAAAAUUCAGUGCGAAGCUUCAAAGUGUGAAAGUAAUUGCAUAGGAGGCAGCUGCAACUUGGAGUGCAUGAACAGCGACUCCGAAUCUUGUCAACAAACCUGCGCGCAAGGAGCCUGCGAUAUCAAGUGCACAGCGAAAGAAUGCAAAAGUGAAUGCUUGGGAGGCAAUUGCGCCAAUUUCAAUUGUACUACUGACCAAGGUGACUGCAGCCAGGUCUGCGAAAAAAACUGCACCAACAUGAGAUGCAAGGCAAAGGAGUGUCAACAGACCUGCACAAAGGGACAUUGCAAAAUGCAUUGUGAGACGGGUUCAGACAUGUGUGUUAUGUCCUGUCCUGGUGGAAAUUGCUUGUUGGAUUGCAAUGGAAGCAAGUGUAAACGCGACUGUAAAGGAGGCCAUUGCGAGGAAACCGGAACAGGUGUGGAAGUAAAGGACCCUAAAGCUGACGCAAAAGGAUUGGUCGUCACGUAUUUGUCUUUCCUACUGCCUGUGAUGUCAGCAUAUGUCCUGUCUGGCCAUUAAUUCUGACAGUCCUGGAUAAAAACUUCGACCGAGAGUGAUACUUGUUAUGCGAGCACCAUACUUAAUGGCUCGGUUGUUUUUCAUUGAAAAUUUUAGUUUUUGCACAGGGUUAGGAAUUUAAUAACAUUGUGUCAACUAAACUGUAAGUUGUAUUAGUUGAAGUUGUAUUAGUUGUAUUAGCAAAUGCUGCUGUUUUCGCUGAUUUAAAACAGGGCCUUACUCGGCAACCUACGUGUAGCCGUACCCUCCUCCUCAAAGUGAAACCUUGCGGGGGGAGAGUACGGCGUUGAGGUAAUUUUAAAGAAACGUAAUCGCUUUUGUAACCACUGUGUUUCUGACACUGCUAUACGCCUAAGGCUAAGAAUGAGUAGUUGAAUUAUUAUCCCAUCAUAAUAAAAGUUGACAAUAUUUCUAACGCAUCCCGUGAAAAGCUUUUACAUAGUUAUGAGAGUAUAAUCCUCUCUACGGAUCCUAGGUAAUGCAUAUGUUGAUUAGAUAUUUUAGAAGAUGUAAUCGUUCCCGUUUGUAAGGCAAAAUAAUGAAUAAAAUUCAUCAAUUUAAGCAUUCA